AGGAAGAAGCAGAAGGGGAAGCUUCGCGGCUAGAGCGGCAGAGUGGAGGGGGAAGGCCCCCGUUGUGAUGCCCCCUGAUGUCAGCUGUCCGCUGUCCGUCUGCGCUACGCACUUGCUUGCACCCGGAACCCAAACAAAAACACCAGUGAAAUCAAUAAUUGUGGGGUCGGGGUGGGUCAGGUCGGGUCGUUGUCGUUAGUCGAGCUCGACGUUCGUGCAGAUACUGCAGCCUGCAGACUCCGUCCGCCACUUGGUCCCCCGUUUCUGCUACGUCUGUUUUGUGUUCUUGCUGGGACCAUCGGGACAUGUCCUGAUGGCGUCCUCACUUAGGAUGUGGGCACUGUUGUUGCUCUCUAUUCACUGUCUGGCCUUUAGCACCGGUCAGAAUGAGGAGCCUGGCGAAUACUCGUUCAAGUUUGACUUGGUGCUGGGUACAGACGGCGAGGAUGUGUCGUCGGACCCGUUGGACGCAGACAGUUCAAGCGAUAUGAAAAUAUAUGUCAAAAAUGAGGAAGAGUUGGCAAUGAUUGUGGAUAUAUUUGCAGAAGAUAUGAUGACUGACAAAAACACUAAGGAUUUGGACGCACCUAUUGACGCGCCUCAACAAGAAACUAAAGAACCACUUGUAGUUCGCAAGGAAGCUUUCUGUCUUGGAUGUCCAACUGCCAUAGAUCUGUCCAUUCCUGAAAAUAGAAACACCCUUCACAAAUAUCUAGAUACCCCUAUCAAUUUGCUGCUCCCUGAAAGCCGUCGUUAUAAAUCAGUAACGCCGACCAUCUUGUCAGCCACUAAACAGGUUGAAUCUGACAUCAAGUAUGCUAUCACAUUUGCCAUCGAUCUUAUCCCAUGUGCUGAUAAGGGCACUGAUGGGGAAGAGUGCUCCCCCCUGCCAGCUGAAAGACAUCUCUGUACUGUUGAGUUUGUUAGAGAUGAAGCUGGGACCAAGUUUUCAUACAACAACUGCACAUCUGAUAUGUUUGUAAAUCCACCUGCAAAAGCUCCAGAAUCUAAUGAAAGUGGUGUAGACGCCCCCUUUGAGCUAACACAGUCAAUGAAAGAUGAAAAGAAACCCAUGGAUGAGGGCGAUUCCUCUCUAAAUAUCACUGAUGAUGUUAUGGCGGUUGAAAAUGUUCGCAAACGUCGUUCAUCUGAUCAAGGAGCAUUGAGGGAUAUUGACAAGAAUGAACAGGAUUUGGUUUACCGAUUUGCUGAGCUAGCUGUGCGAACUCUUGAUGAAGUGGAUCCUGACAAUAAUAAAAGGAUUCUUUUGGGAGUGACUGAAGCGAAAAAGCAAAUUGUUAAUGGAAUAAUGUACCACCUAGUUAUGCAAGUAGGAACUUCUACCUGCCAAGAAAAUGAAGAAGGACAUUCCGGUGCUGAAUGUGUAGAAAACCAACUCUACCCUGAAAAGAUGUGUCGGGUCAAAAUUCUUCGCAGUUGGGCAGAUGAGUCUCCUCUGAAUGCAAAGGUGGUGAGAUGUGAGUGUGCUGAUGUGUGGCCUGAAGACCUUCCUCAAGAACCUUGGUCUGGAAGGACUCGGCGUAGCACCCAAGAUAACUGGCCAAGCACUGAAGGUUGGAAAGACUAUGACUUAAAGGAUGGCUCCCAGAGUGAUUGUUUAGAAAAAGUAAUGACUUCAUUUCAAGAUGUCUUGAAUGUCACGGAUGUAUCCAAAGUAGCAACCAUACGAGAUGUUCACACCAGGGUCAACAAAGAGACUUCACAGCCAGAGAUGGUUGUUACGAUUGUCUUGACUGAUGCAGCCAAAUUGAAAAUGAUGGGGGAUGUUAAAAAGCCAAUGGUUGUGUCAUCUCGAGUUGUUUGCACCCAGAGAUUAAAGAGGUCAUCUGGUAUCCCUGGAGGGUUAUCGGAUGCUGAUGUCAAUGAUCCGUAUUUCAAGGAAAUAACAAACUUUGGCGUGUCUGAAAUACAAAAAUCAGUCAACAGCCCUUACCAGCAUGUGCUCGUGAAGAUAAUAGAAGCCAAGCGUCAAGUUGUUGCGGGAACUUUGUUUCAUUAUAAAAUUGAAAUUGCGCCAACUUCCUGCUUGAAAACUGACCAAUCCUCAAACCAGAAUUGUAAUGCUACUAGCUCUGAGAAAUUGGUCUGCACUUUUAAAGUAUGGGAUCAGCCUUGGACUAAAUUGCGUGAAGUCAAAGAUGUGGAGUGUGGUAACUCUCGCUCUAAACGAGAAAUGGCUCUUGGCGGACCUCAGCAGAUUGAUGUUGAAGACCCGUAUGUGAAAGAGCUGGCUGGCUUUGCCUUGGUGGAGAUUGAUAAGGGCCUGAAUAGUCCUUACCAACAGAAAGUAGUGAGAGUUGUUGAAGCCAAAACUCAGGUUGUUGCAGGAACACUUAUGCAUUUAAAAUUAGAGCUUGCUACAACGAACUGUUUGAAAAGCGAGAAACUUGCUGCUGAAAACUGUGUCCAUGAUUCGGACCAGCCCACUACUAUGUGCAGUCUAAAGGUGUGGGAUCGUUCAUGGUUGAAAAAACGGGAACUCCAAGAUUUGCAGUGUGGCAGAACCCGCACUAAGAGGGAAGUUUCAUCACAGCCCACUGGUCCUGCAGAUGCUACUCAAAAGUCUGGCUCCCAUUCCAAGGCGUCUUUCCUUCAUGUGGAUGUAGACGAUUUAUAUAUUAAAUCCUUAGCCAAGUAUGCUCUUGGAGAGAUGGACAAACAAACAAACAGCCCUUAUCAGCACAAACUGUUGUAUAUUGUAUCAUCUCAAGUUGAGCACACCAAGAUUACCAGGGUGAAACUUAAUUUGUAUGUUACUCUCUCUUCUUGCAAGAAGUCAUCACACUACAGAGCCUGCCCGGUCUUGUUGGGUGCUGCUAAACACCUAUGCAAGGUGGACCUGUUCCACAAUGUAGUUACUGGGGUGAAAGGAGUGACGAGUAUCCAAUGUGAUGAGCAUGCUUUGAGUGCUCCCCACAAUGAAGAGAAAUUGUUUGCAGAAGAAAAUAGUGACAUACACGCUGAACUCUUCCGUGGUUUCAUGCGCCGCUUCAACAAAACCUACGUAUCUGAUGAAGAAUUACAAAAACGCUACAAUAUCUUUCAACAUAACUUGAAGUACAUUCGUCACAUGCAAGAUCAAGAGCAAGGGACUGCUCGCUAUGGGCCUACCAUAUUCGCUGAUUUAACCUUGGAAGAAUUCAGAGGAACAUACCUUGGAUUAAAACCGGCCCUAAAACAGGAAAAUGCUAUACCUGCACCUAUGGCAGACAUCCCGAAUAUAAAGUUGCCCACUUCCUUUGACUGGAGAGAGCAUAAUGCUGUGACUCCUGUCAAGAAUCAGGGCGCUUGUGGAUCUUGCUGGGCGUUUGCUGUCACAGGAAAUCUUGAGGGACAGUAUGCCAUAAAACAUGGCAAACUUCUGUCACUCUCUGAGCAAGAGCUGGUUGACUGUGACACCCUGGAUGAUGGAUGUAAGGGAGGCCUUCCGGACAACGCUUAUCAUGCUCUGGAGCAGUUGGGGGGCAUUGAACUUGAGAAGGAUUACCCAUAUGAAGGAGCAGAUGAGCAGUGCCACUUCAACAGCAGCAUUGCCAGAGUCCAUGUCAAGAGUUCCGUCAAUAUUACAACCAACGAAGAUGAUAUGGCCAAAUGGCUUGUCAAGAAUGGUCCAAUUGCCAUUGGCAUUAAUGCCAAUGCAAUGCAGUUUUACAUGGGAGGUGUGUCACAUCCUCUCCAUUUCCUGUGCAAUCCCAAAGAUCUAGAUCAUGGUGUCCUCAUUGUCGGAUUUGGUGUUCACACAACUUCCAUCCGUCACAAGGUCAUGCCAUAUUGGCUUGUGAAGAAUAGUUGGGGCACUUUCUGGGGUGAAAAGGGCUACUAUCGUGUUUUCCGAGGUGAUGGGUCGUGUGGAGUGAACCAAAUGGCUUCCUCUGCUCUGGUUGACUAAAAUGGGCCUACUGAGAAGCAAAACCAGUACUUCAUGUGAAUUAAAUUUACUCAUUUUUACAAUUUUUCUUUUAUGUGUACUUCCUAGUCUAGAAAAUUAGCUUAUUCAUAUCAAUAUGCUUUAGGUGUUUAUUAGCACCUGUUGAUAAAUCUGUUUCAAUCAGCCUGUUUAUUUAAGUCCCUUAGAAGUUGUUCUAGUUUAAGCACAAUUUGUUUCAGAGAACAUUUUGAACUUUGGUUGUGAGACAUGAUUUAUUUUCCGUGAACCAAAAAGGAAUGAAUCUCAUUUUUUAAAUUUCCUUUGCUAUGAUUGUUUUCUCCUUUCCACUGUUAGGAAAGUGACAUUUGUUUCUUUUACUUAUUAAUUAUAUUGAAGAGAAAAACUUACGAACUAAUCUUACAUUUCUAAUGGUAAGGAAGUUACAAUAUGGUUAAGUUUUUUUUUUAUUCUGUUCUACGCAACUGAAUACAUCUUUUAGUUUUUCUGUGGUGCUGUAUAUGUAGAAUGUGAUACUGACUGUUGCCUAAAACAAAGUUAAUUUGGUCCAUCAUUUAUUUACUUUAUAACAAAAUAAUUUAAGUGAGAUGAUCAAAUGAAUCUUGAAUCUUUGUGAAUCAUGAGUUUUGAAGUGUCUCUUUUAAUUUUAGAAAUUUUACCUGUAACAAAAUUUGGUUUAAUUUGUUAUUUUCAGCUUAGAGACUUGGAGACUUAAAACUUUCUGCUUGUGAAGACCAUUGUUAUUUUUUAAUUAAUGUUACAACCCAUAGGAUUUUUUUUAGACAAUCCAUGUCAAAGUUAUAUGUGUGUCUUGAGAGCUGUGAGACUCUCCUUUCUUAAAUAUGUUGAAUUGAACUUAAAUACCAAUAGUAGAAUGGGUAACACCGCAAAGAGGCUUCUGUCAGAUAUUGGCAUGAUAUUAUGUUGUGGUGUGGUGAUGUCUCUAAGAUACUCAGUUUACUUGAUACGUAAGUCAUUAUGUGUGCCAAAUCUUCCAUGACGGCUACUAUGUAAAUGAUCUGUGAUUGUGAUAAUGACGCCUGGGUUGGCUGUUGUGUACAGUGCCAUUGUAAGGAAACAUCUCGUAGUUGUAACAUGCCACUUCAAGACUAAUAAAGUAUCAAUAGAAUUUCA